AGUAUCGAUUCACAGCUAUUUAAGUGAUCCUCGCAUAAAAAAACAUAUACUUAGGUAAGUCAUACUAAACUUCAUGUAAAGUACUUUAGAAAGAGGUUCAUUUGUUUCCCUACUGAAAUACCUAAAUUGCUUAAAUAAUUUUAAAAACAUUGUAUUACUUACAAAGUUCUCUUUGUUUUAUUUUACUAUUGCAGUGUUGUCUAUAUCCCAUAUAUCUAUAACUAAACAAUAGUAUUUGACAUGUUCAAUUUGUUUAUCAUGAGCUUAUAAAUUUCUAUUCCUUUAGAGCUUUAGUAGUAAUAAUUAGGUCAUAGAUUUUUAUGUUCUAAAGAGUAUUAAAAUAUGCCAUAUAAUGUGCAUUCAAAACUUAAAAUCGUAAAAAUAUGCAAACAAAUUAUUUUUCAAAAUUAAUUACGUUAAAAAAAAAUAGGACACUUGGGCAGCCAAAACAGAUAUUUUAAAAAAUGUAGGAAAUAUUUAAGAGUACCUGUUUUUAUAUGUUAAUCUACCUGAUCCUUUUUUUCGCAAACAAAUAACAAUAAAUCUUCCACAAGAGUUGCAAAAUAUUAUUUUUCCAUCAGUAGUGAAAACCUCAAUUGUUUGUUAAGGAAAUCGAUUGUAGAAUAUUAUUGAAAAUUGAACUAUUCAUUCGGUAUAUUAUUCACGAUAUAACGGCAAACGAUGUUUGAUUAAACAGCAAAAGCGAUUAAGAUUAUAGAACACAAGAGUUAACAUACCUAAUCAAUUAGUUAUUUUAUCUUUUAAAAUUUACUAUUUAGUGCCUACAAAAUUUAUUUUUGAUAUUUCACGUUGACAAAAUAUUAUUUUAUACAUUUAUUUUUAAAUUUUCCCUUCAAUAAGCAAUAUUCAACUGUAAUUGAAUUUUGUAAAAAUAUGCAAAAAAAAAAUUCACCAUUAAUUUCAAUCUUUUAUGAUUUGUAAAGAUUACUGUCAAAAAUCCAAAAAUGUUUAAAGAAGAAAAUAUACAAUUGCAUAGAAAUCCGCGCUUUAGUUAUAACUAAUAAUCUAAUAAAAAUUAAAUAAUUAUUUGUAUAGUUAGUACAAUAAGAUGGAAUGAUUUUAUAUAAGGUUUAAGAAUUUUAAUUCUUGAUUCUAAAAAUAUAUUUUAUAAAUUGUUCUCAGGGUUAUUCAACUAAUGAUUCAUCGAACUGGGUGGAGAAUUCAGCAAUUUAAAUUUUUUUUUUCUAUUCCACUUAAGAAUAUGGAAAAUAGUUCACAACAUUUAGUUGCACUUAUUCAUAAUAAAUCAGACAUUGGUACUCAGUGUGAAUUAACAAAUGAUUUUGAAACAGUUAGUUGCAAGUCUGAAAAUUGUUUAGUAGAAGAAAAUAAUCAAGAAACCAGUAAUGAAGUUAUAUUAGAAAAAAAACGUAAACUCAAAGAUUGGAUAGAACAUAUUAAGAAGCCUAAAAAAUGCAAACUAAAUUCAGUUCAAGCACGGCCAGGUACUACAAAUGAAAAAUUUAAUGAAACGUCAUAUUACUUUGAGAAUGGAUUAAGGAAAGUUUAUCCAUAUUUUUUUACAUUUACAACCUUUACAAAAGGAAGAUGGGUAGGCCGAACAUUAGUUGAUGUUUUUGGUGAAGAAUUUCGUGCACAUACGACUAAUGAAUAUGAAGAACAUGUUAAAAAUGGAUCUUUGACAAUAAAUAAUGAACGAGUUACAUCUGAUUAUGUAUUUAAACAUAAUGAUCUGUUGGCAAAUAUUGUACAUAGACAUGAAGUCCCUGUUACUAAUGACACAAUUGAUAUAAUUCAUUUGGAUAAAGAUAUUGUAGUUGUCAAUAAACCUGCCAGCAUCCCAGUUCACCCAUGUGGACGUUAUAGACAUAACACAAUCAUAUUUUUACUUGCUAAAGAAUACAAUUUAAAAGAUUUGAAAACUAUCCAUCGCCUUGAUAGAUUGACUAGUGGUGUUUUGAUGUUUGGUAGAACACAAAACAAAGCAAGGAUAAUGGAGUCCCAGAUACGAAACCGAGAAGUAAAAAAACAAUAUGUGUGCCGUGUUGAAGGUAAAUUUCCAGAAUUUGUCCAAUGCAAAGAACCAAUUGAAGUAGUUAGUUACAAAAUCGGUGUAUGUAAGGUUUCUUCCAAAGGUAAAGAAUGUGAAACUAUUUUUAAAUUGAUUGGAUACAACAAUGAAAUAAAUACUAGUGUGGUUCUGUGUACACCACUGUCUGGUCGUAUGCACCAGAUUAGAGUUCAUUUACAAUAUUUAGGUUAUCCUAUUAAGAAUGACACUUUAUACAAUGAUACAAUAUUUGGGCCAGAAAAAGGACGUGGUGGUAAUUUUGGUAAAACUGAUGAACAACUGAUAGAUGAUUUAAUUCAUGUGCACAAUGCUGAAAACUGGAAGACAAACAAAGAAAUUCCACUUUUGCCUGAAGUUAUUAAUAAUGUAAGUGACCAAUAUGUGGAUACCUCACAUCUUGAAAAAAUAACAAGCAGUAGUCCUGAAUCUAUGUACUAUAAUAUGUCUACACAAACAGGAAUUCAAAUGCCAGACAUGAAAUUUGAUAAGAAAAAAUUGUCUAUAGACCCUAAUUGUGUAGAAUGUAAGAUUUCUUACAAGGAUCCUACUCCAAAAGAUCUUAUAAUGUACUUACAUGCUUUUAAGUACAGUGGGCCCGAUUGGGCUUAUGAAACACCUUUGCCUGUUUGGGCAGAUGUAAAUUGGAAAGAACCAUAA